AUGUUCAAGUUCCGGCCUGAAAUCACCCAGGAACACAAAGAUGCAUUCGUCCGAGAGCUCAGAAAAUUAAAGGGAUUGGAUUGCGUCAAGGGGCACCGAUUGGUCGUCGGGGGCCCGCCUCUGACCGACCCCAUUGAAAGAAGCAAGGGCUUCGAGAUUGCACUUCUUAGCUUUCAUGAAAAUCUCCAGGCGUUAGAAGCGUAUCAAGCCAGCAAGGCGCACCGCUGGGUAACCAGCACAUUCAUGUUCCCCUAUAAGGAGGAUCUAGUGCGAUUUGACUUCGAAGUUGCCCCGGAGGAUGAAUACAUGUGGAACUUUGCUCCCAUUGCUGGCAUGAAUGACGCUGGUGCCCCAAGUUGA